AGUUGGUCUGAACGGGACGUUCCGGCGGGUGGGCUGUGGGACGAUGCGGUUCGGGUCCAGGUGUGCCAUGCGGACAGUGAUCUGAAAUUUACCAUUCUGCCUUCAAGCCUUCUGCAGUACAUGUCCAGCCCAUCUGAAACUUCAUUGUGUCCCUUUGCCCAUCUGCCUAACUCACGUGGCUGCAGUAAGUCCCUUGAUGGUCAUGGCUUCCACUGCCUUGCUACUCCUGGCCCUUUCCUCUUCCAUCUCUCUCACAGUGGCGGUGCUUUUUGGUGAGCCUAGAAUUUAUGGAGAGGAUGCUACCGGAUAUGGCCCCAUCUUUGAGGAGGAGCCUGUGGAUGUGGUCUACACUGAGGACUCACCUGAUGGGAGAAUCUCUAUGAACUGCAGGGCAAGCAACCCCCCAGCCUCUUACAGGUGGCGUCGUGAUAAUUGGGAAAUCAAGCUGAUGGAGCAACCGGAUGAGUACUACAGCCUGGUGGGGGGGAACCUGGUUAUCACCAACCCCAAACAGAAGAAGCAUGCUGGGACAUACAUAUGUGUGGCCAAGAACAUCUACGGAACUGUCAUCAAAGAGGCCAGGGUCAAGUUUGGAUUCAUAGAGGAGUUCCCCCAGGAGGAAAGAGACCCGGUGUAUGUGAAAGAGGGACAGGGGGCUGUCAUGCUGUGUGCCCCUCCAAAAUCCUGGCCACAGGAGGUGACCUAUCGCUGGAUCUACAAUGAGUUCCCAGUCUUCCUGCCCACAGACCGCCGUCGGUUUGUCUCCCAGAAGACCGGGAACCUUUACAUCUCCAAAGUAGAAGCUCAGGAUGCCGGGAACUACUCCUGCUUUGUUUCCAGCCCUAUUAUUGGGAAGAGUGUCUUCUCAAAGUUCAUCCCUCUGAUCCCUUUACCACCUGAUGAUGGUGAGGAGAGAAAGUACCCAGCAGACAUCAGGGUGAAGUUCCCAGAUACUACUGCCAUGUUGGCCUCUAAUAUUACCCUGGAGUGCUUUGCUUUGGGAAACCCAAUCCCUGACAUUGUUUGGAGAAAAGUGGAUGCCACAGACCUCCCACCAAACCAUGAGAUCAGCGAAUCAGGAGCUGUGCUACAUCUGUACAGUCAGUACGAAGAUGUGGGCGGAUACGAGUGUGAGGCCCUCAACACUAAAGGAAAGGACUGGCACAAGGCCUGGCUGUAUGUGGAGUCUGCUCCUGAGUGGGCGGAAACAAUCAACAACACUCAGAUCGAUGGCUCAGAGCACACUAUGCGCUGUGUGGCGUCAGGGAAGCCAUUCCCUUUUAUCCGUUGGUACAAAGAUGGAUAUAUGUACGGGAAGGGUGAGUUGAAGUUUUCCAGUCUCACUUUUGAUGACUCAGGAAUGUACCAGUGUAUCGCUGAGAACUACUGGGGCAUCAAAUACGCCAACGCUGAGCUGCGAGUCAUUGCCUGCCCUCCUACAUUUGAGUUUAACCCCGUGAAGAGGCAGCUUCUUGGUGCCAAAGAUGGCCGUGUGGUUAUUGAAUGUAAACCCAGAGCUGCUCCUAGACCACGAUACACAUGGACCAAAGGCAAAGAGCUCCUUUUUAACGGCUCACGCAUUUCCAUCAUGUUUGACGGGAGUCUGGAGAUACUGAAUGCCACCAAGAACGACGAGGGCACGUACACCUGUUUUGCUGAGAAUGACAGAGGAAGCAACAGCUCAGGCUUUCUCACCAUCACAGAGGCGACUGUCCUCUCAGAACCACCUGAAGACUCUGAGGUAAUGGUCGGGGAUGAGGUGAUUCUGAACUGUGCUGCUUCAUUCGACCCAAUGCUGGACAUCACUUUCAUCUGGGCUAUAGAUUUCAGGGUCCUUGACUUUAACGCUGAGUGGCCACACUACGAACGUGUCAUGAAUGAAGAUGGCCGUGGUGACCUGAGGAUAAAAAAUGCCCAGAUUUGGCAUGAAGGUCGCUACACCUGCACUGCUCAGACGGUGGUGGACAGCGACAUGGCAUAUGCUGAUCUCAAGGUUGUAGGUGUUCCCGGGCCUCCCGGUGUGAUCCGGAUAGAGGACAUUGGGGAUACUUGGGCGAAGCUAUUAUGGAGCAAAGCAGCUGAUCACAACAGCCCCAUUCUCUCUUACACCAUUCAGACCAGACACUUCUGGUCUCUGAAUGAAGACGUGAAGGACGCCAGCACCUCUCCAACAUUCCUGGAUGGCAAUUCUGACAGGGCAGAAGUGACAGACCUGUACCCCUGGUUGGAGCAUCAGUUCAGGAUUAUAGCCACUAAUGAGCAUGGAUCUGGAGAGGCCAGUAUCCCGUCCCUCAAGAUUAAAACCUGGGAUGCAGCUCCUGUGGUUUCUCCUAAUGUAGCUGGAUAUGGAGGUAGAAAUGGGGAAAUUGUCAUCACAUGGGAUCCUGUUGAGCCGUGGUUCUUCUACGGCAAAAAGUUCGGAUACAUUGUGGAAUUUAAGCCUCAUGAUGCCUACGACUGGUGGUACGUGACCAUCUCAGACCCGGAGACGAGGCGUCACGUCCACAGGGACCCUUAUUUCAUCCCCACUGAAGAAGAUUUCAGGUCAGAGAGUUUUCAGGUGAAGAUCAAGUCGUUUAAUUUGAAAGGAGACGGACCCUACAGCCUCACCAAGGUCAUCUACUACCCCAGAGAUGGUGAGGCUUUCGUUUUUUGUCCCCCUACUGAGUCUCCAACAGAUGUCUACGCCCGGCCGGUGUCCUCCACUGAAGCUCUGGUGUGGUGGUUGCCAGUAGUUGACACUGGUACAGGCCUGCAGCAGUACAUUGAGGGAUACCAGGUCAACUACUGGAGAAAGUCCGAUGAUCCAGAGCCGGGAGCAAGUAUAUUUGUUCCAGCAACAGACAACCAGACCAGGUUGGAGAACAUGCUGCCAGACUCCCACUACCUCAUCGAGGUCCGUGCCUUCAAUGGAGCUGGCCUUGGACCGCCUGGUGAACACUGCGAGAUGUUCACAAAGAGACCACCACCACCAGACCCUCCCAGGAUGUGGCGCUAUGUCACCUGGACAGGACAGUGGAUGUAUGUGUGGUGGGAUCAUAUCUCGUAUGACUGGUUUGGCAAUAUCUCCUUCCCACUGUACUACAAGGUCAUGUUCAGAAAACCGGCUACAUUCUAUGGGAAAGUCUACAUCACUGGAUGGCUCAUGGACUUCCCCAUGCCUCAGUUUGGAGACUAUGAGCUGAUGGUACGUGGCCGUUAUGAAGGAGGAGAUGGUCCAGUCAGGAAGAUCAGGAUUAUGGGUAAAGCAUCUAUGACCACGCCCACGCUAAGCUUGUGCUCUUUGGUGCUGCUGGCGAUGUGCAUUGUGGGAUUCCAAAUAUAAUGAGUGCAACAAGUGACAUGUAUAUAAAGACUCUGGGAAGUAGAUACAGGACCUAAAACAAUAUCCAGACACUCUUACCACUGAUAGUAUUCAUAUUCAUGCUUUUAUCCUGCAUCUGUUUUGUUGUAACACCACACAGAAGACAGAAUUGGCUUUGUCUUUAGUUAUUAUAGAGUUGUUGAUCUGUGACGUGAACAAUGCAGCAGUGAAGCUGAACUUUGACAUCCAGACAUGUUUUUAUUUAAUCUCUUUAUUCACCGAAGAUGAUCCACAUUGUUGGUUGUUAUAUCUCAGUGUUUCAUUUGAGCCACAUCAAAGCCAACACAAAGAGAGAUUCUGUUGGAUAUUAUGUGGCACCCUACUCCUCAAAUAAGCUACCCACACACUGUUUUUAAAAACACUGCAAGCACCCAAAAAGCUUUUUAGUUGUUGAACAGAUUUUUGAUUGUUUGUUGUUUUCUGCAGUAUGUCCAGUUUAGCCUCAAGAAUGGUUAAAUGUUAAUUAUAACAAGCACUUUGAAUAUCUCAGAUGGUCAGGCAAUGAAUACUACUGUAUGUAAUCCUGUAUAAUAAUCACCAUUUUUGUUUUGGAAUGAGCAGGGAAGAUAAGUAAUCAUGUAAUGUCACAUCAUGUUUAUUUGCACAGGGUAAUCACAUUCGUAGCAGCUUAGUCUCCAUUAUAAUAAAACACUGUAAUAUAUUCAAAAUAAGUUUGACUUUUUGUUAUACUCCUUUGAAAAUGCAUUUUCUUCAUUUGUCAAUGGUGCUGUUUAACGAUGACAAUUUUAAAAGUUGAUUUCUAGCUGCAUCAAAGCCAAAUCGCUUUGAGACCAUGAUGUUUGAUUUUUGCCAGUAAAAGUGUAAGAUUUGAAUGAGCCAAGGGGCUGGGGUUGGACAGAAACUACUGUGUACCACAAACAUUAUGCUGAUUUCCUUUAUUACCAUUAAAAAAAGUACAACAAUCUA